AUGAGUUUACCUUCAUGGGCAGUGGCCGUCAUCACAAUCGGUGCAGCAGCCAUCUUGGCUGUUUCUAUUGAUUACCUCAUUUCUCUUUUGACUCGCGAGUCAUUCAACCCAGCCGGAAGAAAUUGCUUUAUUACGGGUGGGAGUUCUGGGCUUGGAAAGGCACUGGCCGAAGAACUUGUCAAAGGAGGAGCAGAUGUUUGUAUUGUUGCACGACGUACUGAAGAGCUUGAGAAGGCAGUUAAAGAAAUAGAGCAAGACAUGCUGCGUGCCUUUGACACAGCUGAAGUAAAGAUGGGAAGAAAUCCUGACUUUGUAUGCUGCUGUGCAGGUGCAUCGUACCCAAAGUUCUUCCUUGACAGUACACUGGAUGAAGUUGAUCAUCUAAUCAAUCUGAAUUAUCUGGGACAAGCUUAUGCUGCACAUGUAAUUGAAAAUGGAAAGAUCGUGUUUGUCUCGUCAAUGCUGGGAAUUUUAAGUUUUGCUGGCUAUGCAACCUAUUCUCCUACAAAAUAUGCUAUUCGUGGCUUGGCAGAUACCCUCCGUAAUGAAUUAAAGCAGUAUGGGAUUGGCGUACAUAUAUUUUUCCCUGGUGGUAUUGAAUCUCCCGGAUUUGACACCGAGAACCUGACCAAACCCGAGGUAACCAAGGCUAUUGAAGGCGCUAAUACUCCCCAGACUUCCAAAGAAUGCGCAAAAUCAUUAAUGAAAGGAUUGCACACUGGAAAUUAUAUGAUCAUGACAGACUUUAUUGGAGAGAUUCUCAGGGCAGUUUCAAGAGGUGUUUCUCCUUCAAACAACUUUAUUUUGGAUAGUAUUCUUUCUAUAAUUGGACAGCCGAUUGCCUCUGGAUAUGCUAUUUAUAUGGACUAUCUGGUCAAGUCUUUGAAUAAACCAAAGACCAAGUAACUCUUAUAUAUGUACUAUAAAAUAAUAAUAAUUAAAGUUAAAUAUAAAUUAUAUUAAAAAGGCAAACAAAAAAAAGUUUAGUUCAAUCAC